AUUACAAGUUCCGCGAAUCUCCUUCCAUUCCUCACAUUCACUUUUUCCACGCUCUCACUUUGUAAAAAUGGCAAACAACGCUUCUGCCCCCGCCGGCAAGGAAGGCAUCUCCGCGCUCCCUCACACCGAGGCGCAUUACUUCAACAGCUAUAACCACCAUGGCAUCCACGAGGAAAUGCUGAAAGAUGAGGUUCGCACAAGAAGCUACCGCGACUCGAUCUACCAGAACCCCCACCUCUUCAAGGACAAGGUUGUCCUUGAUGUUGGCUGCGGUACCGGUAUCCUCUCCAUGUUCGCUGCUAAGGCUGGCGCGAAGCACGUUAUUGGUGUCGAUAUGUCGACCAUCAUUGGAAAGGCCAAGGAGAUCGUUGCCGUGAACGGUCUGUCCGACAAGAUCACCCUGCUCCAGGGCAAGAUGGAGGAGGUCGUUCUCCCCUACGACAAGGUCGACAUCAUUAUCUCGGAGUGGAUGGGCUACUUCUUGCUCUACGAAUCCAUGUUGGACACCGUUCUGUACGCCAGGGACAAGUACCUGGUCAAGGACGGCCUCAUCUUCCCCGACAAGGCUACCAUCUACGUUGCUGGUAUCGAGGACGGUGACUACAAGGAGGAGAAGAUCGGAUUCUGGGACAACGUCUGGGGCUUCGACUACACCCCCCUCAAGCACACCGCCCUGACCGAGCCCCUCGUCGACACCGUCGACAUCAAGGCUGUUGUCACCGACCCCUCCGCCGUCAUCACACUCGAUCUCUACAAGUGCACCGUCGAGGACCUUUCCUUCAAGCUGCCAUACGAGCUCAAGGUCCGCCGCAACGACUUCGUCCACGCCCUGAUCGCGUGGUUCGACAUCGAAUUCGCGUGCUGCCACAAGCCCAUCAAGUUCUCUACCGGCCCCCACACAAAGUACACCCACUGGAAGCAGACCGUCUUCUACCUCAAGGACGUCCUGACCGUCGAGGAGGGCGAGACCAUCUCCGGCACCCUUGAGAACAGGCCCAGCGACCAGAACCACCGUGAUCUCGAUAUCACUGUCGACUACAAGCUGCACGCAAACGACAUGGACAGGCAAGCCGAGGGCUCUGGCACGUACAAGAUGUGCUAAGUAUUCUGCGACGGCUGAGCGAGCGAGCGAGUAAGAUGUUCUGUUUUCAUCCGCGAGAGUGCCGCGGCAGCAUGCGCGGAGCAUGCGGCAUAUGCAUUUGAUUGAACCUCAUAUAGACCCUUGAUAAGAGGCCAGGCGUUGGACGGGGUUUUGGUUUUGGGAAAAGUAUUCUAGGGUAGCAUCGUCACGACUUACGAAGAAGGGACCAAAUUUACGAUUGGGAAUUCCUCCCCUACAAGACUUCAA